GGCAAAAAGGAGUAUGAAAGAGGAAGAAAGGAAAAUGGAGAUUGCCCUCAUUCCUCUGCCACAUUUGGGCUCCACACCCUUCCCACAAUCUGUACUUUCUUUCUUCUUACAUAACUCCCUCGCCACCUGAAUCCAUUCUUUCAUUUCAUCCCCUUUAAUUCCUUCUCCCAGCCGCCAUUGCCCCCAUCUCUGACACACCCCCACUUUCCAUUUCCUUCUAAUUCCUCAUCCACACCCAUCAUUUCUUUCUCCAUUUCUCCUCAUGUUUUCACUUUCCUUUGCUUUUCCUUCAAGCAUGUUUUGUGGGGCUCUCUCCGUUUCACUUUCUUGCCAUUGCAUGUGAACCCCAUCUCCUUUUUCUUCUCUCUUUUCUGCUUUCAACUCUCCUCUCAAUUUCCGACUCUGGGUUUUUGGAUUUGUUGACUUGUGUGUUUUCUUUUGUAGAAAAGGAUUCUGGGUGGAUCAAUCUUGUUUCUCCAUUCAAAUAAGGUGCGUGAUGAGUAACUUUAUUCGUGGCAAUUUUGUGCUUCACAAUGUUUGAUUCUUACCGUUGAUUUUAAUUUUUGGGUUCUUCCGAUGACCGGUUUCUCGAUUGAAAUGCGUUUCUCUCGAUUUCUUCUGUGGACAGUUUUGAGUCAGAAUCUGUAUGGGAGACGAUUGAAUUGGAUUGAGGCUCGGUAUGAUUUGUCCAGCAUUCAGUCGUUUGUGCUGGAGUAGCCAAAUCGUAUGGUCUCUGUUUGAUUGUUUUCAGGGCACUCGUUGAUUCUAAUUCUUAAUGGAAGUAUCAUCGAAUGGUCAACGCUCAAUAUAUUGUCUUCAUAUUCUCAAUCCAAGAAUUUCCAAAUGCCUUGCCACAUUACUUUUUCUAUUGAUUGUUAGAGUUAUUUUAUUCCCGACGAUCUCAAGUUUUGGUCGGAUCGAAGAGAAUGGCUUAGUAGUCGUGCGUAAUCUGUCUCCGUUGUAUGGUUCCGAUUUUGGUAUUCGUGUUGACAAGUUUUUGGAGGUUCCUCAGAUUGUUUGGGGUUUAAACAAUCAAAAGAUAGCAUUUGCAAGAGCUUGUUUAACUGCAAGAAUGUUGAACCGAACUCUUUUGAUGCCUAGUCUAAGUGCCUCUCUCUUCUAUAAAGAAGUUGAGCGUUUGGAACCAAUAUUCUUUGACAAGAUCUUUCAAUUUGAAGAGUUCAAUUCUCGCUGUAAUGGAUUUGUUCGACUGGGUCGUUAUAUGGACAUCUCAAAUCAAACGAAACCGAUUGAACUUUUGAAAGGAAGUGGAAGAAAGUGGACGAUUGAGAGGGAUUUGGAACAAUUGGAGGAGUAUAGCAAGGAACCAUUUGAUCAGUCAGAGGUGAUUACAAUAGUUGGUAAGAAUCCAUUUUUAUGGCAUGACCACUGGCCUGUAAAGGACUAUGCAAAGAUUUUUGAGUGCUUGGUUUUGGUUGACGAGAUAGAGAAAGAAGUAGAUAAAGUGAUUUCCCGGAUUAGAGAAGUAGGGUCAAAAGUAAGAAGCAAAUUCGACUCCGAUGCUACAGUUGUUAAAUCUGAGAACUCGUUGCAACCAAUGCCAUAUGUUGCAGUCCACAUGAGAAUAGAAAUAGAUUGGAUGAUUCAUUGUAAGAAGUUAGAGCAGAGAUCUAGAAUAAACCAAAUUUGUAGUAGCAAGGAGGAGAUAAUGAAUAGGGUAGGGAACAUAUUGGAAAUGAAAGUGCCAACCGUGGUUUAUCUUGCGGUUGCAGAUAGUUUGCUUAACGAUUCGUCUAUUUUGAAAGGUUGGAAAGAAGGGUUGCUACCUUUUGAAAAGAAGAAAUUAGGCAUUGAUAAGAUCUACAAGAAGUAUCCUUACCUCAUACAAUCAGCAAUCGACUACGAAGUUUGCUUAAGGGCUGACGUGUUUGUUGGAAACAGUUUCUCUACAUUUUCGAGUCUUGUAGUUCUGGGGAGGACACAAAAGCUAAUGAAAACGGAUGUUGUAGACCUUUGUGAUACAAAUUUAAGUUGGCCUUCUUAUGCUUAUAACAUAUUAGGAGAUUCAAAUGGCCCUCGGAAAUGGAUAUCUAAUAUGUCUGAUAUAAGCCUCAAGAACAUUAGCUAUGGUUCCAAUGAUACCUCUUGUCGAUAGUCCCCAAGAUCGGAGGUGUUAACACAGUUGCAUUUCAAUCCUAUACUCUUGAGUGUUGAGAUCGUUUUUGUACAUCAAAAGCAAAAGCAGGGGAUGAUGAAAGAUGGAGAACCCCAAAUUGGUACAGUUUCUGUGUUUAUACACAAUUUGAUUAUUUUGUUAGACCUUAGAUGAUAUGAUUUGAUUUGAUUUUUUUUUUUCCUUCAUUUUUUGAGAAAUCAUCACUCGGUUUACAAUUUAUUUAUUCUUUACCAUUCAUAAAAGAUUUAUGAAGUUGUUAAUUUAUUCCGUCAAUGUUAUAGUCCUUCAAAGUUGAGAAGUUUGUUCUAUAAAAAGUACUUUUGUGUUUAAAUUCGUAACAAUUUAA